CUUCAUUUCACAAAGUGUGCAAAAUUCUUUUCAAUAAUUUUUUGAAAAAAUUAAUCGGUGUGCAUUUUUAAUUUUUGUUUAAAUUCAGUGAAAAAUUUGUAGAGAAAAAAAAUUAUUGGUGCAAUUCAGUUUUUGGAGAAUUCAAUUUUUUUUUAACAAAAGAAAAGAAAAUUUAACGAAAAAUGGAAGAUGGCGGAAGAAAUGAGACGCUUUGUAAAGUUUGUGGCGAUAAAGCGUCAGGAAAACAUUAUGGAGUACCGAGUUGCGACGGAUGUCGCGGAUUCUUUAAGCGCUCAAUUCGACGCUAUGCGAGAAAUCUGGAUUACGUGUGUAAAGAAAAUGGCCGCUGUGUUGUGGACGUUUCGCGCAGAAAUCAAUGUCAAGCAUGUCGAUUUACCAAAUGUCUUCAGGUCAAUAUGAAACGUGAUGCCGUUCAACACGAAAGAGCGCCAAGAAGUGCGUCAUCGUUGGUGGCGGCAGCGGCAAGAAGAACUCCAUCGUCACUCUAUCAGGGUGUACCCCACGUUUAUCAUCCAGGAAGCGCUCCUUAUCAUCCACUUCUCUAUCCGGCAUUUUUUUCUUUUAAACCCACCGUGCCAACAUUUCCUUCCAGCGUUGAUGUCAACGAUCUGUUACGUUUUUCCACAGCCACACACUUUUUUCCACGCACGUCGACGGAUUUAACAACACCUGCCAAAGAAGAUGAAGUCACCAGUUCUGAGGAGGCUGGAAAAGUUGAUGAUCGAAUCGAUAUUAAAAAAUUGGAUCCAGUUACUCGCCUUGUUCCUCAAUUCAUGGGUUCGACACUAUCUGAGAGUGCAAUGCCGUCACUGUCAAUUUUGCCAACCGAAAAUGUUUACGAGCUUGCGGCAAAAUUACUCUUCCUAGCAGUCAAAUGGCCAAGAAGUAUUUCUUCUUUCCUCCAAUUAUCCUACAGAGAUCAAGCAAUAUUAAUCGAGGAAUCGUGGAGUGAAUUGUUUGUCCUUACGGCAGCGCAAUGGAACUUUCCCGUUGAGGAAUCGUCAUUGAUACCAUUAAAUUUGCCAACUGAUAGAAAGCAAAUUCUCAUUGACGAAACUAGAAGAUUAAAAGAAUUAUUAACACGAUGCGCAAUGUUAAGAAUCGAUCACUCUGAAUUUGCUUGUCUAAAAGCCAUUGUUCUCUUCAAAGGAGAAUGUAGAGGGCUUUGCGAAGCGGCACGAGUCACGGCACUACAGGAACAAACCGUUGCCGUUCUUAGCGACCGAGGAGCCGGUAGAAUAGGACAACUUUUGCUUCUCUUACCACCGGCUCGUGCGCUUUACCGCAGCACUUUACACGAGCUACUUUUCAAACCGACUGUCGGUGAUGUCAGUGUCGAAAGGUUACUCGAGGACAUGGUUCGAACAUCGCGACCAAAUUAAAAAAAAAACAAUUUAUUUAAAAAUAAAAUUAAAUAUUAUUUAUUUCCUCAUUAUUUAUUAAAA